AUGUCAUUCCAGGCACGGCAAAGCGUUCGACCUCUCGACCCCCCUCCUCAAUACCGUACGACAACCAACACCCUCGGUGGCUAUGGGCUGUCCGCACCCCGGAUGCCCCAAACCGUGACUAGCUAUUUCGGGAACGACCGCACCCUCCCCAUGUAUAAAGAUAAACCGUAUUUCGCGCCGCGGCGCACGGUCCCGAGGCGGCGGUGGAGACUCCUGCUCAACGUGCUGGGCGUGUGUACAUUGAUCUACCUAUGGUAUUAUAAAGGGUCUCUGCUUUCGUGGAAUAGUACGGCACCUUAUGAGGCCCAGGACAAAGGGCUAGAGCUUUGGAAGUGGGUUCAGAGUUUGGACGAUACUGGCGCAUCCAAGGGGUCUGUGGAUUGGGAUGAAAGACGAGAGAAAGUACGGGAUGCGUUCGUGGUCAGCUGGGAGGACUACGAGAAGAAUGGCUGGGGCUACGAUGAGUAUGGUCCGAUAUCCAACAAGCGUCGAAAUAUGGUCGAAGGCGGAAUGGGCUGGAUCAUCGUCGACGCGCUGGAUACGAUGAUCCUCAUGAACCUCACGAAGCCGGUUCAGCAUGCGCGGGAAUGGAUCCACACCUCGCUACAAUACAACCAAGACCACGACGUGAACACAUUCGAGACGACCAUCCGCAUGGUGGGCGGACUGCUGUCCGCACACUACCUGUCAACCAAACAUCCGGAACUGGCGCAAAUCACCGAUGACGACGUUGGGGCUCCGGGCGAAGAUCUGUAUAUCGAGAAAGCCGCCGACCUGGCCGAUCGCAUACUGAGCGCGUUUGAUACCAACUCUGGGAUUCCGCUUGCAAGUGUGAAUCUUAACAAAUCAGAAGGGAUUCCAGCGCACAACGGUGGUGGCGCCUCAUCGACUGCCGAGGCGACGACGGUGCAGCUCGAGUUUAAAUACUUGGCCAAAUUGACCGGAGAGUCGGAAUAUUGGACCGUUGUGGAGAAGGUGAUGGAGGUCAUGGAUAGGCUGCAGCCGCAGGACGGUCUCGUUCCGAUCUUCAUCAGUCCCGAAUCCGGACAAUUCAGGGGAAAUGAAAUUCGCCUGGGCAGUCGAGGAGACUCCUAUUACGAAUAUCUCGUCAAGCAGUAUUUACAAACCUCUGAGCAAGAACCAGUGUACAAGGAGAUGUGGGAUGAGUCUCUACGAGGUAUCCGGAAACAUCUGCUUACAUUUACCCAAAAAGCCCGGCUGAUGAUGGUCGCCGAGCUGCCCUCGGGUAUUGGAGGUAACCUUCAUCCCAAGAUGGACCACUUGGUCUGUUUCUUACCGGGAACCAUCGCGCUCGGUGCCACGGGUGGCCAACCACUAUCAGAAGCAAGAAAGUCAUCGAGCUGGACUCAGCAGAAAGAGGAAGAGAUUUUCAUCUCCCGAGAGCUAAUGAAGACGUGCUGGGCGACAUAUCUAGCCACGGCAACAGGGCUGGCGGGCGAGAUCACGUAUUUCCAGCUGGACAAUGAGCCCGUGAUGAUGGCGGACAAAUACCCCGACCCUCUUGCGCCGAGCAAUGCUGGAUCCACGCCCAAGGAACUGAAGAGUAUCUCCGGUCCGUUGACGCGCUCGGACAGCGAUCCCUGGCGCAGCGACUUGAGCAUCCACACCGCAGACCGCCACAAUCUCCAGCGACCUGAAACGGUCGAGUCCCUCUUCUAUAUGUACCGCAUCACCGGCGACGAUAUCUACCGCGAAUGGGGAUGGGAGAUGUUCGUCGCGUUCUUGCGCCACACCGCCGUGCUGGAGGAGGUGUAUGACGAGAAGGGCCUGUCCCAGAAACGCAUUAAGGGAUUCACGUCCUUGUCCAACGCUGACACGAUCCCUCCCCUCACGCGCGACAACAUGGAGAGCUUCUGGAUGGCUGAAACCCUCAAGUAUUUCUACCUGUUGUUUUCCGACCGCGACUUUAUUUCCCUUGAGGAACAUGUCUUCAACACCGAGGCCCAUCCGUUCCCGCGCUUCAAGCCUUCGGGCGAUCUCAAGACGGGCUGGGCACGCAAGCCUCGCUCCGCUCCUGAUUCUGGGUCUGAGCCCGGGUCUCUGUAG